AUGAUGCUAUCUUUGAAAGCCCUUCAAGCGGCACGUGGACAAACUGCAAUUGUCUCGCGGAAGAGAUCCUUCCUUCCAAAGCCACCGAGGACAGUGUGGAAUGGAUGGUGGCCGUGGUUCCAGUUCGCCAACCCACCUCCUGUGUAUAUUUUCCGAAGAUCGCUACUGCAAGUGGACAUGCGGAUGCUUACCGAGACUUAG